AGAAUAAAAUAAAUACUUUAGAUUCUACAAAAAUAAAAAAAAAAUAAAUACUUUAGCAAAAAAAAAAAAAGCAGAACCAGUGCUGCACAAGUAAUAAUAAAAACAAUAACAAACCCGUUGCAAUUUUUGACCUUUUGCUUAGUCCCCAAGAAUACACGCAUCACAACACGAGUGAACAAUUUUGUUAAAUCACAAGACGUGGUCCUCUUAUUCAAAUUCCGUCACUAAUUCCACCGCCUCUCGCUAAGACGCUAACUCCUUUUUUCUUCUUUUCUUAUGGCGGUUUCCGUUUCCCUUAUAAACAAAACAUCAUCACCACUUUCUCUCUCCCUUUUCAACUUCCAAUUUUCCACUUCCUUCUAUCUAGUCUAGAAUUUUCUAAAUCUAGUUAGUUUUUUUUUUCCCCUCCUUUUUCUUUCUCCCCAAGUGUUUAACAUACAAACAAUGAUUUCAUAUAAAUACAAAUUUCCCCUUCUUCUUGAUUAGUUAGUUAGUUACUUUUUCAUAUUUUCCAAAUUCUUUAAUUCUUCAAUCAUAUAAUCUUUUCUUUAAGUUCGAAUCUAUUAAUGGAUCAACCAAUUCACGAUUUACCGGAAAGAUCUUCAUCGGAGUACGAUUCCGCCGGCGAUGAUGAAUCGGUGGUUUCCGAUUGCGAGAGCGUUACUUCAGGCGGUCACGUUUCAGAAAAAGUUGUUAGGAAGACGGAUGGUGUUGAUUUCAACUUUAUUCGUAGCAGAUUCGUUUGCGGUAUGAGUACGCAAGGAUUGAAAGUUGAAGCAGUAUCGAUUCGAAGGAAUUCUUGUUCAACUGUAAUGGCACAAGCUAGGGUUCAAUCGUUUCAGAUCUUCGCACGUGCGGUUGCUAAAUUGCGCCAUGGGAAUGCUAAUGUGAAACACGCUUGGUAUGGUGCUUCUAGUAAGGAAGAAAUUGUUGAAAUAAUUCAACACGGUUUCGGUCAUGCUCAUGUCAAUGGCUUACGUCUUUCUCCGAAUGAUUCUCCUCUCCAAAGUGUGAAAAACUCUGUUGUUGAUAAAGACGGUUUUAGGCAUUUGUUAUUGUGCCGUGUGAUCCUAGGAAGGAUGGAGGUUGUGGCGGAAGGUUCUGAUCAACGUCGUCCGAGUUCCGAAGAGUAUGAUUCUGGGGUGGAUGUGGAUAGUUUGUCAUCUCCCAAGGAGUACAUUGUUUGGAGUAACAAGAUCAACACACAUGUGUUACCUGAAUAUGUUUUGAGUUUCAAACUUGCUUCCGACAGAGGACAUGAGAAGGUUGGAGUUGAAGGGCAACUUAUGAAACCGUCUUCGCCUUGGAUGCCAUUCCCGGCUCUAAUUUCGGUGCUUUCCAAGAUUUUGCCUCAAUCUGAGAUUGCUUUCAUUACCAAGUUUCACAAAGAGUAUAGGGAUAAGAAGAUUUCACGACAGGAAUUGAUACAAAAAGUUAGAGUAGUUGCGGGAGACAAAUUGCUGGUUUCUGUUAUCAGAGCUUUCAGAGCAAAGAAAAUGCCUGCAAGCUUUAAGCAAACCGGACAGCCAGCAACGUGGAUGGCAUAACCGUCCGCACCAUAGAUACUAAAGAAAAUGAAUAGAAUACUGGAGCUGACACAACACACAUACUAACCAAAACUUAAAUUGGGGAUGAAAACAUAAAUACGAGAAACCGGGUGACAUUUGAUUGUUUUUGUUUGGGUGGUAUAGUUUUGUUUUGAUGUUAAUUGUGCUCUAGUAGAAGGAGUUGAUUUCUCUUUCUAGUUAGUUACAAUUACUAGAUGGAAUAAUGUACUCUCAAAUAGGCUUUUAGCAUAUUGAGCAACUCCAAGUUGUAUUCUUCAAAAACUUAAAUGUAAUCUCUGUUUCAUUUA